UUUUUCUGCUGCAAUUCAUCACGCCACCCCCUCCCCGCACACACUCACGCGCUCACCCGCGCGCUACCUCGCCACUCUCCAGGCGUCUAGCGGCGCCGGGGCGCGUGCAGGAACGGGGAGAGGGCAUGGAGCAGUGGGUCCCGCUGGUCCUGCUGGCCGCCGGCGGUCCUGCCUCCCCUGCUGCCCUCCAAACUUCGCUCGACUUUGCUGCCCGUUCCGGGGCACCUUACGUCCUCACUGCGGAGGGACGGAGCCGGGUGGCAGCCGGACCCCGGGUUGGGACGUCGUUCACCUCUUUCCGCCUUGGCGCUGCCGCUUUGGAGUCGGAGCCUAGAGUACAAUUCCAGGGAGGAGAAACUCUGGGGCACGGGGCCCCAUAUUCGGCUACUCGCUCUAACCUGGGCUGCAGCAGCUGAGGUCCCGGGCUAGAGACUCUGCCCUCCUCGAAGUCCUUUCUUGCACUCUCCCCCUUGCAUACUCCUAGAGCUCUUCCUCCCAACGGGCCUGCCUGCUGUCCUGCUCAGCCCCCGCCCACCCCACGGCCGCAGACUCGUCGCAGGAGGACCUCACCCUGCUGCCUAUGGUCCUCCGCUCUUCAGUCCGGUCCCCAACUUCAUUGGUCCCGGAUCAAGGGAAGCUUGGCCAUGGAGUGAGCAGCAAGGGAGUGUUGGGGAGAGGAUGAGGGCUCUGUGCCUAGGGGAAGGAAGGUUUCCAAGUCUCCACGAAACCUGCCGCCCCGGCUCAAACAAGCAUUCAUCAAAGCUACGGACCGAAGUCCAGGUCUUUCUUCCACUGCAGCCGGUAGGCUGGUGGGGUCGCCAGGACCUUGGUUGGAGUUGGGACCCGCCGUCCCUCAAAGUAUAUGGACUCUCCUCAGAGGCCCCAACCACGGGGGAAGGGCAGGCCCCAGGCAUCGAGGAGACGGAUGGGGAACUGACAGUGGCCCCCACACCUGAGCAGCCAGAGCGAGGCGUCCACUUCGUCACAACAGCCCCUACCCUGAAGCUGCUCAACCACCACCCGCUGCUCGAGGAAUUCCUACAAGAAGGGCUAGAGGGGGGCGAGGAAGGGCUGAGGCCAGCACUGCCCUUCCAGCCUGACCCACCCACACCAUUCACCCCGAGUCCCCUUCCCCGCCUGGCCAACCAGGACAGCCGCCCUGUCUUCACCAGCCCCACUCCGGCCAUGGCCGCGGCACCCACUCAGCCCCAGUCCAGAGAAAGGCCCUGGAGCCUGGAGUCAGGGUCCCCUGUGCUUCGUAUCUCAGCCCCGCUACCUCCAGUGCCCACCCCAGGCCCAGGGGAAAGGCCCAGUACCACACCCCCUAGCAGAGCAUGGACUCCAACCCAGGAGGGUCCUGGGGACAUGGGCAGGCCAUGGGCUCCAGAGGUCGAGUCCCAGACCACAGGGCUCAGGAUGGAGGGAACUACUGCCACCUCUACAGCUUCAGGGGACGAUGAGGAGACCACCACCACCACCAUCACCACCACCAUCACCACCGUCCAGCCACCAGGCCCUUGUAGCCGGAAUUUCUCAGGCCCAGAGGGCUUUCUGGACUCGCCCACGGCUCCCAGCUCACGUACUGAUGUCAGCUUGGACUGUUUCUACUACAUCUCCGUCUACCCUGGCUAUGGUGUAGAAAUCAAGGUCCAGAACAUCAGCCUCCGGGAGGGGGAGAUGGUGACUGUGGAGGGCCUGGGUGGGCCUGACCCGCUGCCUCUGGCCAACCAGUCUUUCUUGCUGAGGGGCCAAGUUAUCCGUAGCCCCACCCACCAAGCAGCACUGAGGUUCCAAAGCCUCCCUCCACCUGCUGGACCUGGCACCUUCCAUUUCCACUACCAAGCCUAUCUCCUGAACUGCCACUUUCCCCGGCGUCCUGCUUAUGGAACUGUGACUGUCACCAGCCUCCACCCAGGAGGCAGUGCCCGUUUUCGCUGUGCCACUGGCUACCAGCUGAAGGGUGCCAGGCUCCUUACUUGUCUCAAUGCCACCCAGCCCUUCUGGGAUGCCCAAGAGCCUGUCUGUAUUGCUGCCUGCGGUGGAGUGACCCGCAACGCCACCACUGGUCGUAUCGUCUCCCCGGGCUUCCCGGGCAACUAUAGCAACAAUCUCACCUGCCACUGGCUGCUCGAGGCCCCCGAGGGCCAGCGGCUGCACUUACACUUUGAGAAAGUUUCUCUGGCGGAGGAUGACGACAGGCUCAUCAUCCGUAAUGGGGACAACUUGGAGGCCCCUCCAGUGUAUGAUUCCUAUGAGGUGGAGUACUUGCCCAUUGAGGGCUUGCUCAGCUCCGGCCGACACUUCUUCGUGGAGCUCAGUACUGACAGCAGCGGGGCAGCUGCAGGCAUGGCCCUGCGCUAUGAGGCCUUCCAGCAGGGCCACUGCUAUGAGCCCUUUGUCAAAUACGGCAACUUCAGCAGCAGUGCCCCCUCCUACCCCGUGGGCACCACUGUGGAGUUCAGCUGUGACCCUGGCUACACCCUGGAGCAGGGCUCCAUCAUCAUUGAGUGCAUUGACCCCCACGACCCCCAGUGGAAUGAGACAGAGCCAGCCUGCAGAGCUGUGUGCAGUGGGGAGAUCACAGACUCAGCAGGUGUGGUGCUCUCCCCCAACUGGCCGGAGCCUUACAGCCGCGGGCAGGACUGCAUCUGGGGCGUGCAUGUGGAAGAGGACAAGCGCAUCAUGCUGGAUGUCCGAGUGCUGCGCAUAGGCCGUGGUGACGUGCUUACCUUCUAUGAUGGGGAUGACCUGACAGCCCGCGUCCUGGGCCAGUACUCAGGGCCCCGUGGCCACUUCAAGCUCUUUACCUCCAUGGCCGAUGUCACCAUACAGUUCCAGUCAGACCCUGGGGCCUCGGUGCUGGGCUACCAGCAGGGCUUUGUCAUCCACUUCUUUGAGGUGCCCCGCAAUGACACCUGUCCGGAGCUGCCUGAGAUCCCCAAUGGCUGGAAAAGCCCGUCUCAGCCUGAGCUGGUCCACGGCACGGUGGUCACUUACCAGUGCUACCCCGGCUACCAGGUGGUAGGAUCCAGUGUCCUCAUGUGCCAGUGGGACCUGACCUGGAGCGAGGACCUGCCCUCCUGCCAGAGAGUGACUUCCUGCCAUGACCCUGGGGAUGUGGAGCACAGUCGACGCCUCAUAUCUAGCCCCAAAUUUCCUGUGGGGGCCACCGUGCAGUAUAUCUGCGACCAGGGUUUUGUGCUGACGGGUAGUGCCAUUCUCACCUGCCAUGACCGGCAAGCCAGCAGCCCCAAGUGGAGCGACCGGGCCCCCAAAUGUCUCCUUGAACAGCUCAAGCCAUGCCAUGGCCUCAGCCCCCCUGAGAAUGGUGCCCACAGUCCUGAGAAGCGGCUGCACCCAGCAGGGGCCACUGUCCACUUCUCAUGUGCCCCCGGCUACGUGCUGAAGGGCCAGGCCAGCAUCAAGUGUGUGCCCGGGCAUCCUUCACAUUGGAGUGACCCUCCACCCAUCUGUAGGGCUGCCUCUCUGGAUGGGUUCUACAGCAGCCGCAGCCUGGAUGUUGCCAAGACACCUGCUGCCUCCAGCACACUGGAUGCUGCCCACAUUGCAGCUGCCAUCUUCUUGCCAUUGGUGGUGAUGGCGCUCUUAGUGGGAGGGGUGUACCUCUACUUCUCUAGGCUCCAGGGGAAAAGCCCCCUGCGGCUGCCCCGAACACGGCCCCGCACCUAUGACCGCAUUACUGUGGAGUCAGCAUUUGACAAUCCAACUUACGAAACUGGAUCUCUUUACUUUGCAGGAGACGAAAGAAUAUGAAGUCUCCAUCUAGGUGGGGACAGCUUGGAGGAGGCGCUCAGCCCAGCAUCACAGCCCAGCAGCAGCGUUUCCAGCCUCCUGCUGCCCCUACACCUCCUGUACAUACCAUCUGGGAAGAGACACCACCAAUCCCUCAAGAAGCUGUGCUCUUCCCCACCUGCAAUGCCCACCAGGGCCUAUUUUCUUGGUACCACUGCCCACAUAGGGCCCUUCUUUGGGUUCAAGUCAGGAAACAUCUGCCUCCAGGCAGAGUACAGCUGGAGCACAUGCAUCAGGAACCAGCAUUCUACUGACCCACCUUCAUGUCCUGGAUCUUUAGCCUGGAAUCCACAAGCCAAGGAAGAGCACCUCUCUCCAGGUGACCACCAUCCAGCUGGCAUGUGGCACUCUGCAGUGGGGUUAACUUGAUGGUGGUGGAAACUGCACCAGGGUGCUCCUCAUAGGCCACCACUAAUGGCCAAAACUGCUGUCAACAGUGACUUCUGGGUAGUCCUGGAAUGCUGACAUCAGCCCCUCGGGCAGGGAGGCCUCUAGUCCUUCUCUAAGGCCCCAGGAAUGGACAGUUCUGCUUCCUGGAGGCAAUAAUUCUAAGGGAUCCUAAAGGGCUUAGGGACCCUACCCAAAGCUCAGGUUGGGCUCCCCUAGGCACUCAUGCUCCACACCAAAGCAGGCCAUCCCACGGCUGCCCUGGCAGCCCUAUACCCCGAGGAGAGGGCAAUCUUCCCCUGAUAUCAGUCUGGCUUUACUAACAUCUCCUUUCCCACUAGUCCCUCCUCCAACCCCAGCCACUUGCCAGUCUCCCCUCCUGGCCACUGUGUUUUGGGAUAAGGGGAGUGGGCAGGCAUAUUCUGGAGAGGAGCAGAGGUCCAAGGGCCCAGGAAUUUGGCAUGGAACAUGGGGUCAGAGACCCAGGGAAAGACCCAGGAGUUGGCCACAGGCCACUUUGAACAUGUAAUGUAUUAUACGGGGUCUGGGCUCCAGAGAACAAUCUUCUAUUUCUGUUGUUUCCUUAUUAAAAUGGUGUUUUUUGGAAAAAAAAAUCAA